GUUGUUGACAGACACCGGAGUGGAGGGAUUGGGGAGGAUUUUCUUACAACAAGCUAGCAGUUGGCUUUUAAUAUUAUUUACUCAAAGUGUGCAGGUAUGUGCGUUUUUAAAAGUCGGACCAACUAGUGAGCAAACCCUGGAAGACAAUAACAUUGUUAAAUCUGGAGGGUUUGAGACGGGGAUCCUGCAGGCCUGCAUAGCCAAAGGGGGAAACUACAAUGCUGUGCUGGGGAAAUGCUUCCUACGGACAGCUAGGCUUGGGUGGGAUUGAUGAAGAGAUUGUGGUUGAGCCACGAAAAUGUGAAUUCUUCCACGGGAAGAAAGUCUGCGAUGUGGGGUGUGGCCUCAGACACACAGCCUUCCUGCUGGAGGAUGGGACAGUGUACACCUGUGGCUGCAAUGACCUGGGGCAGCUGGGCCAUGAGAAGUGCAGGAAGAAACCAGAACAGGUAGUGGCCCUGGAUGCACAGAUCAUACUGGCGGUGUCCUGUGGAGAGUCCCAUACACUCGCCUUGAAUGACAAAGGGCAGGUGUUCUCUUGGGGCCAGGGCUCAGAUGGGCAGCUGGGCCUAAAUAACUUUGAAGAAUGUGUUCGUGUGCCUAGAAAUAUCAAGAGUUUGUCAGAUAUACAAAUAGCUCAGGUAGCCUGUGGGUAUUGGCACUCCCAUGCACUUUCAAGAGGGGGCCAAGUCUUCUCCUGGGGCCACAAUCGAUAUGGACAACUUGGGCUAGGCAUAAACGGACAGAGCAUUUCAACGCCCCAAAUCAUUCAGUCUCUGCAGGGCGUUCCUUUUACUCAGAUAUCAGCAGGCGGGGCUCACAGCUUCGCCCUCACUCUCUCAGGAGCCGUGUUCGGUUGGGGGCGCAACAAGUUCGGUCAGCUGGGUCUCAAUGACUGCAACGAUCGCUCUUACCCAACCCUGCUGAAGUCCCUCAGAUCGCAGAGAGUGAUUUAUGUCUCCUGUGGAGAAGAUCACACCGCAGCACUGACCAAGGAAGGAGGUGUGUUUACAUUUGGAGCGGGAGGAUACGGACAACUCGGACACAACUCUACAAACCAUGAAAUCAACCCGAGGAAAGUGUUUGAGCUCAUGGGAAACGUAGUCACGCAGAUUUCAUGUGGAAGGCAGCACACGAUGGCCUUCACGCCCUCCUGUGGAAAGAUGGAUGCUUUCGGGCUUGCUGGUAACGGGCAGCUUGGUACCCGCUCCACUUGCAACAGAAAAAACCCGGCCCCUGUCAAAGGCCCCUGGGGAGCCUCCAAUUCUUCAAUGGAUACAGACUCGGAGUCGGGCUACUGUGUCAAGAGGAUUUACGCAGGAGGAGACCAGAGCUUUGCUCACUAUUGCACGGCCAAUGACAAAGACGAUGUGAGGAUACCAGACCCCCACAGGAGGAUCUGCAUCUUGAAUCAGGAGAUCAUACACAAGUGGUGCAACUACUCCCCAGGACGACUCCCAAUAGAAAUCUCCAAUGAGAUUGAACUCGUGUUCUCCUCAGCAAGCUGCCUCAACGGAUCAUUUCUCUCAACGAGUAAUCCAGAUCACUACAGCACCAGCAGUAAAUGUUCGGGGGUGGAUCUGAGCAUGGCUCGCCUCCUGUUGCACAGAGUGGUCCAACAAGAUCACCAUGAGAUCGCUCAGCAGAUUGCUGCCAGUCUGGAGAAGAACCUAAUUCCCAGACUAAGCAACUCUCCUCCAGACAUUGAAGCCCUGAGACUCUACCUCACUCUCCCUGAAUGUCCUCUCUUCAGCGACAGAAACAAUUACGUGACCAUCGCUAUCCCAUUUGCCAAAUCACUCCUCAGUCUGAAAGAGACUCCGCUGAAGGUGCUAGGAAACUGGUGGUCUACUUUCGAGCCCCCUGUCUUCCAGCGGAUGGUUGAGUUGUACAAGGGGGUGGUGGUUUAUCUGCUCCAGAUGCACAAGAUGGGCAUUCCCUCGGUGGAGCAGAGAAUCUUCACCUGUUUCCUGGACACGUCCCUCCGGCUCCUGGAGAUCCUGCACACGGUGAGCGAGAGAGCAGGACACAUCAUUGAGUACGAUAAGUUCUACAUCCAUGAGUUGGAUGACCUGAUAGACAUCAGAAAUGACUACGUCACAUGGAUUCAGAGGCAGAUGUACCCACUGGGUCAAGAUGGCGUGGUGACUCUGUGCAGGUAUCCCUUCGUGUUUGAUGCCCAAGCAAAGACCACGCUGCUCCAGACUGACGCUGUCAUACAGAUGCAGAUGGCAGUGGAUCAGGCACAGAUGCAAAACUUCAGCUCCAUGUUCAUGCCAGCUGUGGAAUCAGUCAACCCGUGCCUCAUCCUCAUCGUUCGGAGGGAGAAUAUUGUUGGAGACACCAUGGAGGUCCUCAGGAAGUCCAAGAAUGUCGACUACAAGAGACCCCUCAAGGUGAUCUUCGUGGGAGAAGAGGCCGUCGAUGCUGGAGGCGUCAGAAAGGAGUUCUUCCUCCUGAUCAUGAAAGAGUUGCUGGAUCCAAAAUAUGGGAUGUUUCGUUACCAUGAGGAGUCCAGGCUCAUCUGGUUUUCAAACAAGGUACGUUUUUAA